GGCUUCUUUUAGGUUUGGCGCGAACAUCAACAGCUCAACGAGUAUCUUCUCUUCUUCCGCAGCUCUGCUAAUCCUACGCUUUGGAAGAUUCUUCUUCUUCUUCUCUACGUUAUCUGCUAAAAAUGGCAGACUUUGCUACCCAGAUUAAAGAAAUUGAAACCUGGCUUUCUUCGCGAACUAGAGAAGAGAAAUCUUUCGGUUAUUUAACCCUUCUACACCUUCAAGAGCAAUCAACAGUGGAUCCUUCUGCGAUUCAAGCCCUCUCCGAGCGGUUUCAACCUCUCCUUUCUUUGAUCAUGUCUGAUCUCUCUGACGAUGACGAAGAAAUUGCUGCCCCGGCUUUGAAGUGCCUGGGUUUCAUGAUCUACCACCCUUCCCUCGUUGCCGCCAUUCCGGAACAUUUUGCCAAGUUGAUUCUGGAUUCCUUGGUAAAGCUGGUUACAACAACUAAGAUAAAGGCUAUUUGUAAUUUAGCAGUUUGGUGUAUUUCAAUUCAACAGAUUAGUGCAUCAUUUCUAACUCCUCACUUUCAAUCUUUGUUACGUGCAAUCGUUCAUGCUCUUGACAAUCCCAUGGGUUCUCUAUCAGUAACAUUUGAGGCAAUCCAGGCCUUGAUGAAAUUGGCAACUCAACUAAGUGAAAUGUUGAGAGAUUCUUCAAAUAUAUGGGCUCCUCCAAUUUGUAGGAGACUUAUUAGCAAUGAUAAGAGGGAAAGGGAAAUGUCAGAAAGAUGUCUUUUGAAGAUUAGCUCUAUGAUAAGUCCUCCCCCCUCCAGCCUUUCUAAGGUACUUGUUGUAGACAUCAAGCAAAGGUUGCUUCCUGGAAUGAAGGAAGGGCUACAAAACCAUGGAAUGAAGGUUCCUGUUAUCCAAGCCUGGGGGUGGAUUAUCCGUUUACUUGGACCUUAUGCCACAAGGAAUAGGCAUAUGGUUAAUGAAAUGCUGAAAAUUCCCGAACAAACAUUUUCUGAUCCUGAUACACAAGUCCAGAUUGCAUCGCUGGUUGCCUGGGAAGGUUUGGUUGGUGCUCUUAUUCAAACUCCAAAACAACCUUCAGGGACAAAUACAACCCUAGAGCAAAGGAUGCAGCAAACUGAAAUGGUACAAACUGAUGUAUCUAAAGGCCAUUCUAGUGAAAACCAAGCAAAUGCCCUUUUGAAAAGUGUAAAGCUCAUAAUGACACCCUUGGUAGGAAUAAUGUCUAGUAAAUGUGACACAUCUGUUCAUUCAUCCUGCCUGAACACAUGGUUCUAUCUGCUACACAAACUUAGCGUUUCAGUUAAUUGUCUUCCUGUAUUGAAAACUGUCUUGGAGCCUAUCCUUGAAGUUGUCUUUAGAGUGGGACCUAACAGUAAGAGCAUCUGGAUAUAUAACUCCUGCCUUGAUUUGCUUGAUGAGUGCAUUUCAGCAAAAAGUAGGGAGGUGGAUUGUGACUUGGAAAAUCAGGUAGGUAAUCAUUUACCGAGUAAAGUCACUUCAUUUGGAACUCUUUCUGGUGGUAAGCUGCUAUGCAAGAACUAUGUAAUUAAAUGGUUGCCUUGGGAUCUUAGUAUGUUGGAUUUCCAUCUAAAAAUGAUUCAUAUAAUCAUCAGUCAAGGGUCAAUGGAAACUGCAAACCCUGAAAAUGCAAGUUUUGCCUGCAGUGCUGCCAUGAGGAUCUUCAGAUCUGUUUUGAAGGAAGUCCAAAUCAAGAUGAGAGGAUCAUCGAUUAAUUAUAAUGAUAUUAUGUUGUGUUUAAACAAAAUCUUAGUGUUCACAAAGAGGAUCUCUGAAGAGCUAAUUUCUAAAGAGUUUGGCACUAAUGACUUGCUACAGACUUCCCUCCAUUUUAUGGAGGCUGUCAGAGAGGAGGUAGAACCUCUGCUACUGACAUCCCCUCUUUAUAGGGUUGCUUUGGACAUUGAUUACAUUAAUGGCUUGCAAUCGAUUAGUGAUAUCAAGUAUACAAAUAUAAAGGGGAUCAAGGCUGUUGCUUUUAUGGAUAUGGUUUCACCAAUGGUUUAUUUAACUACCCUCUAUUUCUCUGUGGUGGCUCAAUCAAUUUCCACUGUAUCCAAAUUGGAGAUUAUUCUACAUGAGAUGCAAAAGCUUUUAAAUUUUCUAUUGUCUUCAUGUUAUCCUCUGGAGAAUCUACAUGCUAUUAUUAGUUUAUUGUAUAAGCACAGGGGAUCAGGCUGGUUAAAGAUAUGGCUUGUGAUUGCAGAAGGUCUCAAAGAGCACCUUGUUACUUCAAAAGAUCUUUCAGUAUUGAAAACUGAGUCAGAUGGUCCUGGUUAUGUUGUGAUCUGUUGGUUUUUGUGCUACCCUUUUGUUGUAUGCUCUUGGCCUCAGAAGCAAUCCUCCUUAUCCCCAAUAAAGAAUAGUGGUUCCUCGGAGUUGUGCUUACAGUCAACAAACACAACAAUUGAGCUUGAACGCGUUAUUGAAAUGUGGAGGUCACUUUAUGGUUGUAUCAAUUGUUCCUCAUAUUCUGAGUGUUCCACAAUGAGUGGUUUUACUGAGGAGAUGUCUGCUACACUGCUUGAAGUCUUUAAUGAAAGUAUCAGCAUGCUUGAGGUUUACACUAAGCUAUGCCCGAAGGACAAGAAUCAGAUCCUCCUCUCUCUUUUUGGUGAAGUCACAAUAUAUGUCUUGGAACAAAUCCUGGUAUUGGAUGCUGUAGCUUUAAAAUCAAGAGUAAGCAACAGUGAAGAAGAUGGUGAGUAUGAUCAACCCAGCAACAUCAAGAACAGCAUGGAGUUCAUUGCUAGAUUCCUGAAAGUGUCACAUAGUGUGCAAGCAGUUGUGCCAGCUGAAAAUGCUGUCAUUUCAAGGCUGUUUUCUGCUUUAGCUUGCUUCUUGCGCCGUCUUCACUUGAAGAAAGAUAUACUUUUAUUCAUGGAGGUAAUCACUGCACCGAUGGUUCAAUGGCUCUCUUAUGGGCAAAUAAAGCAAGGAAGCAUGAUGGCCCAACUUCAACUCCUUUGGACAGAGACUCUUAAUGGCUUGCAGAGAACAUGGCCGCCUAUCAUCUUUGAUUCCUCCUUUCUCAAAGUCCAGGCACCUCUUCUAGAAAAGACUCUGGAUCACCACAGUUCCACCAUUUCGGACCCCACGAUUGUCUUCUGGAAUUCUACAUAUGGUAAUCAGGUUAAAUUAGAUUACCCUCAAAGCUUACUUCCAGUCCUGGACAAACUGUCAAGAAAUGGCAAGAUAAGCAUCCACAGGAGAAACCCCCGAAUGCUAGUGAAUGGCCAUUCUGGAGUAGAAUUGAUUGAUGCUAGGCAGAGAUAUAAGGUGGCGUCAACACAGAAGAGGUCAAAAAGAGUAGAGUUCAUUGAGACCACUGAAAACGAUUUUGACUGUACUGAUAAGCCAACCCCAGGUUUGAAAAGGAAAACGGUAGAGCUAACUGAACAUCAGAAAGAAGUCAGAAGAGCACAGCAAGGAAGAGAGAGGAAUUGCAAUGGGCAUGGUCCUGGGAUCAGGACCUACACAAGUGUUGACUUUUCUCAAGGGAAUGAAGAUUCACAAGAAAGCCAGGAGCUCCGAAAUCCAGAGUCCAUUUUGGAGAUGUUGAGAAGAACAGGUUAAGUUAUUCUUUUGAAGGAUUCAUGAAUGAAGCCCAAAAUUUCAACUUUCAACUAGUCAUAUUCCUGAAAAUUGUAUAUUUACCAUGUAUCAUAUGUACUUGCAUUAUUUUAACUUUAUUUAUACACUACAUAAACUAUCAAUCAUUGGAAACUUAAGUCAUGUCAACCACCAUUAGUCCUAA